CUGGCGGCCAUCGCCACCCCGCAGCUCCGGAGCUGCCAGGUCUAUGAGGUCACGAAUUUGCUUUGGGCCUUCGCAGAGUUCUACAAGUACGAGCAGGACACUGCAAACGGUGUGGUCUCAGAGCUGCGGGCUUUGUUGGAUGCCGUGGCAGAGGUGUUCAGCGGACGAAGGCCUGGCGACUUCAAGGUGCAAGUCCUCACCUCGGCCCUCAUGUCCGUGAGCGCUCUCCCUUGGAACCCGAGCUUCUCCAGCACCUGGCUCCUCAACAGCAGCUUCCAGGAGCUCUCCUCACGCUGGGGGGAGCUGGAACUCGAGGGCCAGGCGCAGGUCGCCGUGGCACUCGAGCGCCUGCAGGUGAAGCGUGCCCCCUUCUUCGACAGCCUCCUACGCAGCGCCGGCCAGGAGUUUCCAGCCGUGAAGAUCUCGCUGGAAGCUCGUUUGCUGAGCCGAGCCCGUUGA